AUGUUACCACCGAGCAUAUUCGGCAUUCACGAAGAUUCAAUUACAUACGCAACACUCAGAGCCAGACCAUCAUAUUCGCUAGAUUAUAUUGACGGCCCGCAGACACCAGACGAUAUUUCUAAUCAACAAUCGGUCGACGUAAACGACGGACCAGAUUUUUUCAUGGCACUAUCACCAUCCCAAUUUAUUACGCCACCACCAUCAUCAACAUUCAUCGAGCAUCCAACACCGGUUCGCAAAGUUAAAAGACAACUAUUUUAA